AUGGCGUCCCUGAAAUUUCCGUCGGAGAUUCUCGCCGUCUUCGUCAUAAUCUCCGUGAUUCUAUUGCCGAUUGCUCAUUCGCAAUCGACUUCGCCAGCUCCCGCACCCACCAGCGAUGGAACAUCGAUAGAUCAGGGGAUAGCGUAUGUUCUAAUGAUGGUGGCUUUGGCGUUGACUUAUUUCAUUCAUUGA